GUACUCCAACACACUCGCCUCGAAGCCGUGAGAUCCUUAACGGCUACCCAAUGACAGAAGACUUCGUAGCUCGCAUUUAGUCCCAUCAUCUACGGCAUGGACAAGCUCAGGGUGUCCAAGGUCGAGGAUGUCUUCCUACAACGAGGAGCAGACGUUCAAAAGGGCAGCUUGCACUUGACUCAGCAUCACCUCAUCUUCAGACCCAGCGAUGCGUCCGAGGAGCAUUGGAUCCCAUAUGCAUUACUCUCCCUGGUCACUCGGCAAGCAUCCCUUCUUCCUCUCGCACAACGGAGACCGCAUUCUCCCCAGGGCUCAGCGUCUCUCUCUUCCUCUUCUCGGAGCGGCCGUAUCUACCCUCUUCAGCUGCGCUUCAGGACAUUCGAUGCCGCCUCUCUAGGCUUCGACAGCGAGGCCAAGGCCACUGAUGUCUUUGAAAGUCUGAAAGCAGUAGCAGUCAUUCCCAAGCCCGAGGAAGUUUACGCAUUCUACUAUACCCCGCAACCUCCCUCGGAGUACCCGGAUGCUUGGUCUAUAUAUGACUUCAAAGCAGAGUUCACUAGGCAAGGGGUAGGGAGUAGAUCAAAGGCGUGGAGAUUCUCAGACAUCAACGCGAAAUACGAGCUCUCCCCUACAUAUCCGGCACUCUUUGCUGUGCCUGCUAGGAUAAGCGAUGCGACCCUGCAAUACGCCGCAAAGUAUCGCUCAAAAGGGCGGAUACCCGCCCUGACCUACCUCCACUGGGCCAAUAGAGGCUCCAUCACACGCUGUGCCCAGCCUCUCCCUGGCCUGAAGCAGGCCAGAAGCGUCCAGGAUGAGAAGGUAGUAGAAGCGAUCUUCUCCUCUCACUCCUUUGCUGAUACCCAGACUGGCUCUCCGUCGGGGAGCAUUGGAGCAGUCUAUGGAGCUACUACUACAAACCUCAUCGUUGAUGCCAGGCCUACCACCAAUGCUGUUGCAACGUACGCUCGUGGAGGCGGAACGGAAAACAUGGAUCACUACAAGGGCUGUCGAAAGGCCUACAUGGGUAUCGAGAACAUUCACGUCAUGAGAGAUUCCAUCAACCGCAUCGUGGACGCACUGCGGGCUGCUGAUGAGCCGACGACGUUUGGGCUGGAUGUGGGACCCAGGAGAAUAGCGCCUGCAAAGCAGCCGCUUGAUAUUGCUGCACUCAAGAGGUCGAACUGGCUUCGGCAUCUUGCAACUCUUUUGGAAGGGGCCGCUCUCAUAACCCGCAACGUCCACAUCGCUUCUUCACAUGCCAUGCUACACUGCUCUGAUGGGUGGGAUCGAACAUCACAGCUCGCAGCUCUCGCAGAGGUGUGCCUAGAUCCCUACUAUCGGACGAUGAAGGGUUUCGCUGUCUUGGUGGAGAAGGACUGGCUAUCCUUUGGACAUCGCUUCGCCGAUCGAUGCGGACACGGAGGCUUUGUCAAACACUUUGUUACUGCUGCAGGACACGCUGAUUCUUCGGAAGAAGAGGACGGCGAUGAUCCGGAAGGCGUCAUCAAUGCUCCUCAGGCAGUGGGCGGAGCCUCAGCAGCAGCCAAUGCCUUCUGGGGCUUCACGAAGCAGCUUACGUCAAACUUUGGCGGAGGCGGUGGAGAGGGUCAUGGCAACAUCAAGGAGACGUCGCCCGUCUUUACCCAGUACCUAGACUGCGUCUGGCAGAUCAGGCGGCAAUUUCCGAAUCGCUUCGAGUUCAACGACGAGUGGCUCUCUGCCCUCCAUCGGGAGCUUUACGAGUGCCGCUUUGGCACUUUCCUUGCCAAUUGCGAGAGAGAGAGGAAGUUGCCUACCGAAGUAGGCGGGAAGAGCGUCAUGGGACGUACCCACUCAGUGUGGGAAUACAUGCUCAGCGAGACCAAUCGGACGCGCUUCCUCAACACCCAGUACGACCCAUCGCUGGAUGAUCCCAAGAGAGCCGAUACGGACAUGGGAGUACUUCUAAUCAAGAGCAAUGACGUCCGGUGGUGGUCGGGCGUCUUUGGCGAGCGAAUUGAAGAGGCAAAUGCCGCAUUA